AUGACGGGAGACCCUACCCAAACAGAAAGAUCCACUGUUGCACAUGUAAGAUAUAGAGGUCAAGGUACUUUUCAGAUAGCUGGUAAAUCUGUUUUAGUUCUGAUUGAUCCGAGAUUGAAUUUCUCUUAUGUUAGUAGUAAAUUGGUGAAAGACUUGAGAAUUCCGUUAGAACCUAUUCAUAGCGAGGUGAUCGUGACUAAUCCAUUAGAACAUAGUGCUCAGGUGAGACAAAUCUGUCGAGGGUGUCCUAUAUGGAUUCAUGGAAUUGAAUUCACUGCUAAUCUAAUUGAAUUACCCUUUGACGAGUUCGAGGUAAUCCUAGGAAUGGAUUGGCUCUAUCAUUAUCACGCCAAUGUGGAUUGUCGACUUAAGCGAGUUAUGUUAAAAAGUCUUAAUGGAUUGGAAAUUAGUGUGGUCAGCGAAAGAAUCAAUCCUUUAGCUAAUUUGAUAUUAAUGAUGUCGGCUCAGAAGUUAAUGUUACAAGGAUUCCAAGCUUAUAUCACCAAUGUGAUCGAUACUAGAGUCAAAGAAAGAAAGUUUAAAGAUAUUUUGAUAGUCAGAGAAUUUCCAAAAGUAUUUCUGGAAGAAUUAUCAGGAUUACCUCCAGAUAGGGAGGUUGAAUUUCAUAUUGAAGUGAUGUCAGGAUUAGCACCGAUUUCAAUGACUCCUUAUAGGAUAGCCCCAAAAUAA